GAGAGUUCGGAGGAGAAUUAAAGGUACAGUGCGGGGUGUUUUGGAGUGACGUGUACGGGCGGUAUCGGGGGACUCGGCUGGGGGUACAGUGGUUCUGAGACUACAACUCCCAGCAAGCUUCGCUCCCUUCUGUGGGAGUUGCAAGGAGAGCCUAAGGAAUGACUGACCAAACUCUCAGCUGGUUUUUAGCCUUGCAUUCACUGACAGCAAGCAGAGCUCUUACAAGGAAUGAGGAAUUGAAAUGCAAAGUCUACGAGAGAGUUCUGAUGGCCGCGGGAGGUCUCUGCCAACGUCUUCAAGAACAUGGUGAAGGAAACGGCAUAUUAUGACAUUCUGGGGGUCCCUCCCGCCGCUUCCUCCGAUGAGAUAAAGCGGGCGUUCCGGCGCCUGGCGUUGAAGUAUCACCCGGACAAGAACCCCAAUUCUGGCGAAAAGUUCAAACAGAUUUCCAAAGCCUACGAGAUUCUGUCAGAUUCCCGCCAGAGAGUCCUGUACGACAGCGGGGGUGAGUCGGCGCUGAGAGACGGUGGUGGGAGUGGACAUCACGGCUCCCCCAUGGACAUAUUCAACGUCUUCUUUGGCGGCUCCAGAAGUCAACCCCGGGGGGACAGGAAAGGGAAGACGGUCACCCACCAUCUCCCGGUCUCCUUGGAGGAUCUGUACAACGGGGCCACGCGGAAGCUGUCCCUCCAGAAGAACGUUGUCUGCCCAAAGUGUAAAGGCUGCGGAGCCCGGCCUGGGGCAGCGAUUCAGUGCUCCAAGUGUGGCGGGAGCGGCAUAGAAAGACACAUCCUGGCGCAAAUGCCCGGGCUGGUGCACUCCCUGCAGAAAACGUGCUCCGAGUGCCACGGGAAAGGCGAGAACAUCCAGUCGCGAGAUCGCUGCCGCGUUUGCAGUGGCAGGAAGGUGAUCAGGGAGAAGAAGAUCUUAACCGUGCACCUAGACAAAGGUAUGAAGAGCAGACAUAAGCUGAUCUUUCAAGGGGAGGGAGACCAGUCGCCAGGCCUUCACCCCGGAGACGUCAUCAUCGCCCUGGUGCAGAAGGAGCACCAGCUUUUUCAGAGGAAGGGUGACGAUCUUAUAAUGAGCAUGGAGAUCGGGUUGGCAGACGCCCUGUGUGCCUGCAGGCAGAAGGUCCAGACUCUGGAUGGAAGGACGAUCCUGGUCACGUCUCAGCCGGGUAAAGUGAUCCGACCCGGGGACAUCAGGUGUAUUCCUAAAGAAGGAAUGCCCGUGUAUCAAGCCCCGUUCGAGAAGGGGAAUCUCAUCAUCCACUUCAAGGUGAAGUUCCCCGAUCCCGGCUGGCUUCCUGUAGAAAACCUCAACCAGCUACAAGAAUUAUUUCCAUCCAGACCUCGGCCAUUUCUCCCAGAAGACACAGAGGAGGUGACCUUGUCCAACUACGACCCUCAUGAAGACCACAAACAUCAAGGCAGAAAAGAAGCCUACGAGGAAGACCGAAAUGAGUCUUACCAUCAUCCAAUGCAAUGCCAAACCUGCUAGUUUUCUGCCAGGGAUCAGUUCUAGAACUCCAUGUGAAGACAGUCCUGAGAUGGUGGUGGCCGUGAAAGCCACUUUCUUAAACGUUGUCUCCUGUAGGCGCAUCUACUCCACAGUCUUCUCCUGGAGAUCAAAGGCUUUAGGCCUGGCUUCUCCAAUCAACCAGAGUCCACUGCCCUCAUGGUGCUAUGUCUUCAAGGUGCACAAUGAAAGGUCUGGAGUGGUCUGUAGGUCACCUGUAAACAGGCCUUCUUGUUGGACCUGUUUAACCCUUCAUAGCACUUUAGGACAAGUGAGCGAUUUUGAAGGCCAGAACUUAAAAGGGCUUCCAAGGAGCCCGCUCUAUACUACAGCGUGUGGUCGCUCACCACUUCUGAUCAACUAACGCAACCUCGUUUUUAUUUAUUUCUGUCUGGAAGAAGCAUUCCACCGCACAAUGGGGGUCUCCUGAGCCAAUGGAACAGAAGAAGUCUACCGGUGAUCUCCAACCAGGAGGAUCCACUGCCUUAGACUCUUGUAGGUUCAUAGGAUGGACUACAUGGACCUUAAGCUGCUCCGGUUUACCCACCUCUCCCCGAAGUGCAAUACUGCUGAUUUCAGCAGCAACCAGAGAAGCUCCUGGUCCGGAGGGAUCUUCAUCUGAUCCCACCGUGCUUUAAGUUCUUACAAUGUGAAUA